UGAACUCUCGCCUUUUUAAUCUAUGGCUUCUUCAUUUCUCAGAUUCUGCUAAAGAAAAUUUUCGCUUCUCAACUUCAAAAGUUUUUUAGACUUUCUUCUUCGAUCUCUCUCUGUUAACUUUCUUUCGUUUCGUCUCUCUCGUUCUCGUUUUUUUUUCUUAUUCUCAGAUCUUGGAUUGACGACCAUCUCGAUCGUUGACCGUCGAAUUUGGUUUCGGCUAAAAAUCAAACCUUUUCCGGUCUGAAGUACUUAUGGAACUGAUUGUCACAAUACAAGAACAUCAUCAACAAACAAGAAUAAUAAGAUGACACUUUACAUUCGUCGCGAAUCUUCCAAGCUAUGGAAGAGAUUUUGCUCUGAGAUAUCGACGGAGAUUGGUCUUCUUGCUGAGAACUGGAAAUAUCUGCUCGCUGGUCUUAUCUGUCAGUACAUUCAUGGUUUAGCUGCUAAAGGAGUUCAUUAUAUUCAUCGCCCGGGACCAACGCUUCAGGAUCUUGGGUUCUUUCUUCUUCCGGAGCUUGGUCAAGAGAGAAGCUACAUAAGUGAAACCGUGUUCACUAGUGUGUUUCUUUCGUUUUUCCUGUGGACUUUCCAUCCAUUCAUUUUGAAAACCAAAAAGAUAUACACCGUGUUGAUAUGGUGCAGAGUUCUAGCAUUCUUAGUUGCCUGCCAGUUUCUCCGUGUUAUUACUUUCUAUUCAACUCAGCUUCCUGGCCCUAACUAUCACUGUCGCGAGGGCUCUAAAGUUUCCAGGUUGCCAUGGCCCAAAAGCGCUCUUGAGGUGCUCGAGAUUAACCCUCAUGGGGUGAUGUACGGAUGUGGAGACCUGAUUUUCUCAUCGCACAUGAUAUUCACUCUAGUCUUUGUCCGUACUUACCAGAAAUACGGCACUAAAAGGUUCAUAAAGCUGUUUGGGUGGCUCACUGCAAUCGUGCAGAGCCUCUUGAUCAUUGCCUCUCGUAAACAUUACAGUGUCGAUGUCGUUGUUGCAUGGUAUACUGUGAAUUUGGUGGUGUUCUGUCUAGACAAGAAAUUACCAGAAUUACCAGAUCGGACUGCUGUGUUGCUCCCAGUAAUCUCAAAAGACAGAACCAAAGAAGAGAACCACAAGCUGUUGAAUGGGAAUGGUGUUGAUCCUGCUGAUUGGAGGCCGAGGGCUCAGGUGAACGGGAAGAUUGACAGUAACGGAGUUCACACCGAUAACUCAAUGAAUGGGGCGUGAAAACUUGGAGAAAAGAUCUAUAUGAAAAAUGCAAAUCAAUGGCGUCAUGAAGGAAGACAUGUGGUCUUUUGGUUUUCGAUGAUUUAUAGAAUUUGGAGUAAGAUUCUGUAAGGGGGGUAAAUUUUUUGGUUUUUGGAUAUUGGUUCCAGAAAAAAAGAACAGUGAUAGAGAGAGCAAAUGCUAUUUGUACAUUGUCAAGUUCCUUAUUCCCCAAGUAAUCAUCUUUGUUGGAUCACGUUGACUUUUCUUUAUGUCAAUUUUGUUACUAGAAACUGUUUUGAGCUUUGAUGAGACGAUCCUAA